AUGCCCAGAAGAAACCACCACCCAGAUGGCAACUUUUUCAGAGGGAAAGAAUACAGCUAUCAUGCAGCAGAAGAAGCUCUGGGUAUUGGACUCUUCGUUUUGGUGCUGGCAAUUUUACUUAUCUUUGGCUGCUGGUAUUACAGAAGACGUAGUGGCUAUAAAAGCCUGCAGAGCAAAAGCUCUGGUGUGGGCACAGUACAAACCGUCGUAGGUGAGGGAACAAUACUGGACUGCAAAAUGGCUCUGCAGGCGUACAGAAACUUUAAUGCUGUGGUACCUGAUGCUCCACCAGCUUACGACAAAAUUGCUACAGAUCAGUCACCACCACCUUAUUCACCAUGA